AUGAAAGUCCUUACCCUCAACUUCCUGACCUGCGCACGCAAGGCGUGCAAGUCAUCGGCGGCGGCAUUCCCACUGCACCCACGCGACGCGGAGCUCGAGGUUGUCGAGGCCGAGCUCAACCCCGCCUUCAUUCGGAACAUCCUGCCCAGGCUGGAGUGGGAGGCAUUGAGGGGGCUUGCAGCCGAGCUCGGCCUCCCCGCUCUUCCUCCCACAGCCCCAGAGCUCUCGGCACUGGGCAUCUCGCCCGCGGGCGAGCUCGAAGCAACAGAGACCGACGCGCUGGGCAACGCGGUGCCGACGCCCGUGCUGCGCGACCUGCAUACCCUGCUGCUAGAGACGACGAUUGCGAGCGGAGCGCUCGUGUGCGCAAACUGUGGUCAUGAAUACGCGGUCAAGGAGGGGAUUGCGAAUUUCUUGCUGCCAAGCCAUUUGGUUUAG